AUAGCACAAUAUGUGCACGACUGGGAUGCAUGCGGCUUCCGCCUGGUAGUGUUUAUCGAUGCGGGCGUGGAUGAUUGCAAGAUCAACACCUGGGAGAAGCGUAGGAGUGACAGUAUGAAUAAGAUGCUUAAGCUGGCUCGAGGCCUUGAGGAACAUGACGGAAAUGCUAAGUUAGUGCAUAAGAGUGUGUGGACGCCCCCACCCUCAUGCACGCAACGCUUGGGCGAGAGUUUUGAAGGUGUGUGUAACGGGUGGCAUAGCAACAUCUUUCUU